GACAGAAGCAGUUGAAACACAGAGAGAGACAAGGGCAGACUUUCAUUCAGCUGAGAAACAUGCACACUACUCCCCAGUUUCCAAACCCAAGGCUGUGUUGCUUUCAAUGAAAGGAUCAAUGGGAAUUGCUGCAAAGGCUUGGACACGCACUGGUGGACAGCUGGGAAUCCAUACCACAGCAUGAUGGGUUACAGAGUGACACCUAUACGUAAUGUCUUAAAAUGCACGUGUCUCAUGCUUCUUCAUUUGUUUAGCAUGGCUCAAGACGAAGACUUAAGAAGUUGCCGGACAGCGCCGUGUGAUUUAGUCUUCAUUCUUGACGGAUCAUGGAGUGUCCAAGAUGUCAAUUUUGAGUUAGUAAAGCGAUGGCUUGUCAACAUAACAACAAGCUUCAACAUUGGACAGAAAUUUACCCAGGUUGGAGUAGUCCAGUACAGUGAUGACCCCAUUUUAGAGAUACCUCUGGGGAAGUACUCUACAAACAGAGACCUCAUCACAGCCAUGGAGUCAAUUGAAUAUAGGGGAGGAAACACAAGGACAGGGAUCGCAAUAAAGUUUGCAACAGACAAACUAUUUGGGCUUUCUGAAAGAGGCCCACAGGGUGUUUCUAGAAUUGCUGUGGUCCUCACAGAUGGCAAGUCUCAAGAUGAAGUCCUCAAAGUAGCAGAGGCAGCAAGGAAUAAUGGAGUGAUUCUGUUUGCCAUUGGUGUCGGUCCACAAACAGAGGAGGCUGAACUGAGGGACAUUGCUAACAAGCCAUCUUCAACGUACGUUUUUUCUGUAAAAGACUACAAAGCUAUUUCACGGAUUAUACAGAUCAUACGGCAAAAACUGUGUGAAGAGACAGUUUGUCCAGCCAGAAUUCCUGUAAAUUCUCGGGAGGAGAAAGGCUUUGAUCUGCUAUUAUAUUUAAAUUUGGCCAAAAAGGCCAAGAGGACACGAGGAACAUUUUAUGGCACUAAUGCUUUUGAAGUCACAACCCCAGUUGACUUAAGUGAAGCUACAAGGUCUCUGUUCCCCGAUGGUUUGCCUCCAUCGUACGUCUUUGUUGCCACACUCAAGUACAAAGGAUCAGUAGCCGUGGAGGAGUGGGAUCUGUGGAGGAUACAGACACUUGAUGGUAAACCUCAGAUGGCAGUGACGCUGAAUGGUGUGGAUCGUACUGUCAUGUUCACCACAACCAGCAGGGCACCAACUGAGACUCAAACCGUCACAUUUUCAAAACAAACAGCAAGGAUGCUCUUUGAUGAGAAAUGGCACCAGAUGAAACUGUUGGUCACCGAAGAGGAUGUCACUCUUUAUGUGGACAAUCUGGAAAUUGAAACACUGCCACUAGAGCCCUCUAUUGGCAUUUUUAUCAAUGGAAAAACCCAAGUAGGAAAAUAUGUUCGAAAGGAAACAACAGUGCCCUUUGAAAUUCAAAAACUCAGAAUCUACUGUGACCCUGAGCAGAACAGAAGAGAGAACGCUUGCGAAAUACCAGGAGUUUGCAUUGAUAUUCCAGAUUACGUAGAGCCAACUCGAGAACCCUGUGUUUGUCCUCCUGGACCAUCUGGACCUCCAGGGAUGAAGGGUGAACGAGGUAGCGCUGGUAUGCCUGGCCAGCCUGGACCUGCUGGCGCUGAUGGUAAGCCUGGUAUCCCUGGCGCUAGAGGAAGCCCAGGGCUGCCAGGUUCACCAGGAAUACAGGGGCCACGUGGAACAGAUGGAUAUAAAGGUGAACAAGGGGCGCGAGGUGUUACGGGUGAAAGAGGUUCAUCUGGAUUGCCAGGACUGCCCGGACAGCCAGGAGAGAAGGGCUCAAAAGGAUCAGCAGGAAUUACAGGAUUACCUGGAAAGGAUGGUCAAAUGGGAGAAAAGGGAAGUGCAGGAUCUCCUGGUUCACCAGGUUUUCCUGGAAAGCCUGGGGUACCUGGGAGAGACGGAAAGGAUGGAAUUCCAGGGAGAGAUGGUCAGAAGGGUGAAACAGGAGUUAGCGGCAUUCCUGGUUCUGAUGGACGGGGAGGACGACCUGGAUUGCCUGGAUUGUCAGGAGUUGCAGGUCUGGAUGGACAAAAGGGGGACAUUGGUGAACCUGGACCAAAGGGCUUCAAAGGAUCUUCUGGACCGCCUGGUGAAACGGGUUUACCCGGCACACCUGGUUUGAGAGGACCAACUGGACCAAAGGGAAAUAAAGGUGAAAGUGCAAGUCCAGGAAUAAAAGGCACACCUGGCCUUCCGGGAAUUGCCGGGGAUCCAGGAAGACCAGGCCAGCCGGGUCACCCAGGCAUGCCAGGCCUCAAGGGAAGCAAGGGUCAAAGGGGGAAUCCAGGUGAAAGAGGAGAAAUGGGAGGAAAAGGAGAACAAGGGCAACAGGGCCGACCAGGGCUCCAGGGAUCACCUGGUCCAAUGGGACUAAAAGGAGAGAAAGGGACAGCAGGUGAUUCUGGACAAAGAGGACCAGAAGGUCAAAUGGGGCGACCUGGACAACCAGGACAGUCAGGUCCACCUGGCCCCCGUGGUCUACAGGGGGAUGGCGGACCUCCUGGUCCACCUGGCCCUGAAGGCAGAUUUGCGAGUGGACUGUCAGACAAUCACAUUCGACAAAUCUGCAUGGAUAUUCUCCAGACUGAGCUGCCUUUGUUGCUGCGGAUGAGCAGCCAGCAGAGUAGCUGCGCCAGAUGUCACAGCCAGCCGGGAUCUCCUGGUCCACCAGGACCAGCUGGGCCCCAGGGACACAGGGGUUUCCCAGGACUCAGUGGUCCUAGAGGUCAGCCGGGUCGUGUUGGUCAGCCAGGGCAUUCUGGGAUUGAUGGACCUAAAGGGGAGGUAGGUUUAAAAGGUGAGAAGGGAAGUCCUGGUCGAGUCACAGUUGGAGACCAAGGACCACCGGGACCACCAGGUCCAACUGGUCCCCAGGGACACGGCAAACCGGGCCCUCCAGGUAACCCUGGACUUCCCGGUCAAAGUGGAGCAGAGGGCAAAAGCGGCAGUCCUGGAGUUCCCGGUCAACCGGGUGUCUGUGACCCAUCCCUCUGCUAUGGGGGAAUGAUGAGGAGGGGUCCUUACAGCAAAGGCCCAAACUAUUGACCCAGCGCAGAAUCACAGCAGAUGCAAAUCUGACGCUGACGUGGAACAGCCAUUCUCAGGAAGAUCUCCUGUUUACAGUUAAUUUUCUGUGUUACGAAAACGAAGCGUACCUCUUCUGACGCGUGUGAUCUCAGUCGACAUCACAGCUUCUCUGGUCAUGAUUUUUGUGUCAUAACUCCAAUUUCUCUUUACACAUUUGAGAUUUGAAUAUAAGAAAAAAAAACAAGUGACCCCAUUGAAUACCUCUCAUCUGAUCACCUUGAUCUCAGUGUGGCUGGUACACUUUCCUUGACUGAUCCUUUAUGUUGAUUUAUUGCAUGUUGUUGUUGUUAAGACAAUGCGCAAUUGUGGUGCUUGCCAUCUUGUUAAAAUAGUAACCUUUUAUUUGCUACGAAGCUCUGCCAUAAUUUAUGUCAAGAGUAAUGGUUGUAAGGAAAUACUGUGAAUUUGAUUUUACUUUCGGAAAUUAUGAGGUGCAGGAACCCCAUUUGUUAAGCAAAAUACCUUUCUGAAAUACAAAAAUAGCCCCCUUAGUACAAUUAAGCAUUCACAUGUAGUAUUUUUAAUUAUUCAGAGGUUAAAUUGAAAAUGUACCAUAUAUGAUUAUGGUGAGAUCUAAUGUAUUUGUGUGCGCUACAUGUUCUUUCUAUUACUUUAGCUGGUAUCUUAUUGUUAUUUAUAAGUCAUGGCAUGUGUAUUUCUCAAUUAGGAAAACUUACACACACUUUUUUUACAUUUUGUGACAUUUGUAUGUUUUUUUAAAUAGAAUUAAAAUAUCUCAUUGAUU